CGGUGCAUCGUCGGCCAUCUUCCCAUCCAUCCUUAUAUUCAAACUUGCAGUCGUAUUAGCAGUGGUUUUCUAGAAUGAGCAGCCGGGAAGAGCUUGUGCAAUGGGCCAAGUUUGCCGAACAGGCAGAAAGAUUCGAAGAUAUGGCUGAAGCCAUGAAAAAAGUCACAGAAAGUUUGGCAUCGUCUGAUACUAAAGAACUGACAUCAGACGAGAGAAAUCUCCUAUCUGUAGCCUACAAAAAUGUCGUAGGUUCUCGACGAUCCUCAUGGCGAAUGAUGUCAAUGUUAGAAUCGAAAAUAGAAUCUAAUCCAACAAAGCUUUCUCUUGCGAAAAAGUUCAGGCAGAAAAUUGAGGAAGAACUGGAGAAAAUUUGCUUAGAAGUUUUAGAACUUUUGGAUAAACAUCUCUUAGUCAAUGUAACAUCAAUCGACAGCAAAGUGUUCUUUCUGAAGAUGCAGGGCGAUUAUCAAAGAUACAGGGCAGAGUAUGCUCAUGAAAAGGUUAAGGAUUCCGUCAUUGAAGAAGCACAAAAGUCAUAUCAGCUAGCAUAUGAUACCGCAAAAGCGAACAUGAAUCCAACUCAUCCAAACCGAUUAGGAUUAGCUCUCAACUUUUCUGUAUUCUACUAUGAGAUUAAGAACAAUCCUGAGCAGGCUUGCCAUUUAGCACAACAAGCUUUCGAUGAUGCAAUAGCUGAACUGGACACUUUAGACGAAGAAAUGUACAAGGACAGUACUCUUAUCAUGCAGCUUUUGCGUGACAAUUUGAACCUGUGGACAUCUGAUGCCCAGCAAGAGGGGAAGGGAGAAAAUACUGAAAACUAGUCAUUUUAUUAAUUUUGCUCUGAUUUUACACCUCAAAACUAGUCAUUGACUCUCUGGCAUUUAUUUUGAUAUUAUGAUAAUAUUUGCAUACCUUUAGCUUUAUCAAUGUAGGAAACAUGAAUUUUAGCUGAAUUUUGAUAUUGCAACCAUCAGAGAUGGCAAUUUAUGAACAUUAGUGCAAUAUUUUUUUUUAAGUGGAAUCUCACAAUAAUGGACUAAUGGAAAGCUUUAAUCAUGAUUAUUGUUUUUGAAAAUGUCUAUGUUUACACUGACCGUUUACACUAUUUAUAAAAAAAGGGUUUUUUUUUAAUUAAUUAUAAUGGAGAUGUAUUAUGUACUUUUUUGUCUGAGGACUGCAUAAAGAUAUGACGAUUGAAUCACAGAAUUGAUUUUUUAAAUUCUUUAUAUUUACCAGCUUAGGACCUAGUCUGUUGAAACAUUACUGAUGAUCAUUUAAAUGGAGUAAAAAAAAUACCAAUGAUUUCCAAAUGAGCAUUUUUGAGAAGAUUUGCAAUAAUAUUAUAAAACAGUUUUUUUUUAUAUUCAUGCUAUGACAGUUGUGGGCUUAAAGCCACUGUACACCUACAUUCUCAUUUACAAUAUUUAUUUUCAUUUACAGUUGUGUGCAAUUUCUCAAGAUUAAUUCCUUUUUAUCUUUCCUUGUGUUGACAAUAUUUUCAAUUGUUAUCCUUUUAUAUAAUAAACUGUCAUGUUGGUGUUCAAUGAUCUUUUACCUGUACUUUUUUUUCCCCAAAUAUGAAACAUAAUUUAUGGCAAUUGUGUUCUAUGAAGGAUAGUUGAUUUUAUUUUGUUUGCUUGUUUGUUUUGAUUAGAUUAUACAUGUACAUGUGAAUUUAGAUUGAAAUUAAAUGCAUGUUUAGACAGAAACCGGUUAUCUUUGAAUUGCUUUAGUAAUAACCAAAGUAUGCUGACUGAUUUUUGUAAGUUAUACAUUGUAUGUAUUAAAUUAAUGUUGUAAUAAAAA